UAACACCUACCUGAUCGCAAACUCACAUUUGCAUUUAUUCCGAUCACUUUUCUGAGCUGGUCUCUUCCAUCUUACCGCCGUGUUCAAGCGCACUCACAUUUCUGCCUGAGGCCGCAAUCGGCUCCAUAGCCAUCAUAUCAUCUCCUUCCGACUUGCUCAGCAUUGAACACUCAAUGCCUCCUAGACGCGGCGCCGUUAGGCGCAAGGGGUCUACACCUCGCUCUGAUGCAGAUAGUCCUUUGACGUUUUUCCAGACCAAGUUGGGUGCGGACAAAAAGGUCCAGGCCCUGCCAAACCUCCCCACCAAGCAGUCGUUUGCUUAUGGAUCGGCCGAGACACCAAUCCUGCCUCGGGAACUGGUACUCCAGCCUCAGAUGGAUCUGGCAGAGAUGGCAGUUGCGAUCGACAAAGGGAUUGAAGAUGCCAAGGAUCGACAGAUGAGAGAAAACGAAAACUCCAAGGACACGCGCCGUCGGCAGAAGUCGCCGUCUGUUAGCCGCUCGCCAGUUCGGCGGAAACGACGUGAGCCAACUCCGGACGAACUACAGCUUUUCGAUGACCUACGUGAGGCAACCAGGACUCCGAGCCCGGUACGGGGUAGCUUUGACAACAAUGAUCAAUCAACUGCUACCCCCACGCCUCCAAUCCCGCAUAGUAUCUCAACCGCUUCAAGCCCCGUUAUGCAGCCCCCUCCUCAAGCAAGAUACCCGCAUGUGCCAGCUGAGGAUCUGUACCCGUCGCCUAUGCAGCGACUUGCUCCGCAACUGAAUAACGAGCCCCCGCUCGGAAGUUCUCCGCAGGUUGAUAGCUCGUCGAUCUUUUCAUUCUCCGUGGAGCGAGAUGUCAACGACGAUAACUUAAAACGGACACUUUCCGAUGGAAAGAGCAUCAAGGCACCCCCUCGGCGGUUCUCGGCGCUUGCCUUUGCCAAUGAGACCAUUCACGAAGAGGACGAGCCGGACUCCAGGCUUCUACAGAGAAAGUCGAAGUCGCCCUCUCUACAGCCCUCCCUACAGCCUUCCCCGCAGCCAUCGCCACAACCAUCUCCACAACGUUUCCGACCAUUCUCCCGACAGUCCUCCCGACAGUCCUCUCGACAACCCUCUCGCCAGCCCUCCUUGGAACCUACCUACGAAGACUUUCAACCGAUUGCUUCAGCAAAAUCUUCCGUGGAGCCUUCGCCUGAACCUUCGCCUGAACCUUCACCAGCGCCAGCGCCAGAGCCGGAGCCGCAGGUUGCCAGAGAAAAGUCCCCUGCAAUCCAAUUCUCUGCGCCAACUAAAACACUUAUUCCUGAUACCCGUGUACCGCAAAUUUCAUUACACGACAUGCCAAUACACAGCCAUCAACAAGGAAGCGAGCGACUGGACGAAGGACUCACUUGGAAAGCACGUUUGUCCAAAUCUCUACCCAGCAAGUCUGUCGCAACCCGAGUCAUUUCCGGGAUAGCUUUGAUAGCCGCGGUUCUCUACCUGUUUACAGUCUCUGGGUUUCCUUCUCUUGGCCAACCUAUACGGUACAUCCCGAUGGAUGAGAGUAAUAUUAUAGCGGUCAGCAGCCUCACGGACCAGAUGUCUCGACUCGGAGCCCAGGUGUCAUCACUGGCAAAGGAGAUGAGGACCGUCAAUUCGGAAAUGAAAACUGUCAAAUCGGAGGUGCGAGCGGUACCAACCCCCAAAGCGACACCAGCCACAGGAAACGUUGCCCUCGGCCCUCCGGUGGAACGAAAGACCAACUUCCUAAGCAUUGGGCUAGGUGUGAUAAUCGAUCCGUCCAUCACUAAUCCAACCGCCGGGCGCGAGCCCAGUACUGGUCAGAGCUUUUAUACGAGAUUCUGGAGGGGAGAACAUUAUCGUCACCCGCAACCGCCGCUCGCGGCUUUGGCUGCUUGGGAAGACUACGGAGAUUGCUGGUGCAGCACACCCCGCGACGGUAUGUCCCAGAUUGGUAUUUUUCUGGGCCAGUACAUUGUGCCGGAGGAGGUGGUUGUCGAACACUUGCCAAAAACGGCCUCUUUGAUGCCUGAAAACGCUCCCAAGGACAUCGAACUGUGGGUUCGGUUCGUCGAUGUCCGAAACAAACCCACUCCACCUGUGUCCGCAGCCUGGCAAAAGCUUUGGCGAACAGUCUUCUCAAGUCCCUCUGAACUGUCCCCAUUUCACGAACCGAUCAUGAACGCACUCCGUUACACAUGGCCAACCGAGCCGGAGACCGCAUACUCGGACGAUGAAUUUCUUGGUCCGUCCUUCUACCGAGUUGGGAAAUUCACAUACGACAUCAAUGGCAUGCAUCAUGUGCAGCGAUUCGAACUAGACACCGUGAUCGAUUCUCCAGAGCUGCGGGUGGACAAGGUCGUAUACAGAGUCAAGUCCAACUGGGGCGGGGACCAUACAUGUCUGUAUCGACUGAAGCUAUACGGACACCUGUAACCUUUCCUUUCUCCAUUCCUCCCUUUUCUCCUUUCUGUCUUAUAUCAUUGCUUUCGUGCUGUAUGAACCGGUAGCGUAGAGC